GCGCUGCGCUCCUCCUGCACUCACAUGCCAACACACUUAAAGUCGCACAGAAGAAGUCUUUAAACCGCCGCUGAGGAACCCACGAAUAUUAUUUUCACGCAUUUAUUAAUUUAUUAAGUGAAAUUAAAUCAUGGCUUCAACAAAAGAGCUUUUAGAGAUGGAUCUUUACGCUUUAUUGGGGAUUGAAUGGACCGCAACAGAGAAACAGAUCAAGAAAGCGUACCGACAGAAAGCGCUGUCCUGCCAUCCUGAUAAAAACCCUGAUAAUCCCAAAGCUGCGGAGCUCUUCCACCAGCUGUCUCAGGCUCUGGAGGUUUUGACAGACGCCGCUGCCAAGGCUGCUUACGACAAGAUCCGUGCUGCUAAAAAACAAGCCGAGGAGAGAAACCGAAAGCUGGAUGACAAGAGGAAGAAGAUUAAACUCGAUUUGGAGGCGCGUGAGCAACAGGCAGAUAAUGUGAAAGUAGAAGAGGUUAAAAUCACCCGCACGUUAGAAGAGGAGAUCAUCCGUCUGCGGGAGGAGGGAUCACGAGAACUACAGGAGCAACAGAGACUCAUACGAGAGCAGAUCCAGAGAGAGAGAGACAUAAACACAGGCACAGACUCUUCAGCAGUGCAUCAGGGUAACAGCAACGUGACUCCUAAAUUAAAGCUGAAGUGGAAGUGUAAAAAAGACGAUGCCAGCAACGCCGGCUAUUCUCACGAAUGCCUUCAAAGCCUCUUCCAAAAGUAUGGAGACGUCUUGAACGUUCUGAUAUCCAGUAAGAAGAAAGGCAGUGCCGUGGUUGAGUUUGCAUCAGCUAAAGCAGCUGUGAGUAUUUGA